AUGAGACUGCUUAACCUUUUGUUCCUUUCCGGCCUUGCUACCGCGGCGCCCGGAACUACUCUUCAUGCUAGGGCAGCAGUCAAUGAUCGGUGCAAUAUUGGUUAUUGUACCCAGAAUGGAGGCACGACUGGUGGCGGCAAUGCUGCGCAAGUAACUGUCAGAAGUCUCAAUGAACUGGCAGCAGCAGCCAGUGCUACUGGACCUUCAGUUAUCCUUGUCCAAGGUAGUAUUUCGGGAGCUGCCAAAGUCCAAGUCGGGUCCGACAAGACUAUCAUCGGGAAGUCGGGUAGCUCUCUGAAUGGUAUCGGCUUCACGAUCAACGGAAAGAAGAACGUCAUUAUCCGAAACAUGAAAAUUGCAAAAGUCGCAGCCACCUAUGGUGACGCAAUCACGAUCCAGAAGUCUACCAAUGUCUGGGUUGACCACUGUGAUAUCUCUUCUGAGAAAGGCAGCGACAAGGACUUUUACGAUGGCUUGGUUGACCUUUCUCAUGCUGCGGAUUUUGUCACUAUCUCACACAGUUAUUUCCACGACCACCACAAGGGAUGUCUUGUCGGUCAUUCCGAUAACAAUGCUGCUGAAGACGUUGGAAAGCUUCGCGUAACAUACGCGAACAACCACUUCAAGAACGUUGGAAGCCGCGGCCCUCUUCUUCGCUUUGGCACAGCUCACAUCUUCAACGGAUACUAUGAUACAAUGGACACUGGUCUUAACAGUCGCAUGAAUGCACAAGCAUUGAUCCAGUCUUCAGUGUUCACAAAUGUCGGAAAGAAAGCCAUCUUUAGCGAGUCAAGCAGGGAGGUGGGAUAUGUUGUUGCAGAGGAUGUUGUUCUCAACGGUCAGAGUCAGAACACCGCACCAAAGGGUAAUUUGAGUUCGGGUAAGAUUCCGUACCAGUUUAGUCUUCUUGGAUCCGGCAGGGUCGCAUCUACCGUUCCAGGACAAGCGGGACAGAGGCUCAGCUUCUGA